CCUGCCCGUCAACAACUCAAUUUGACUCUCUUUGCCAGCCGAGAUGGUGGAUCACUGACCAAGAGCGCAAGGGGGAUGGAUCUGGUGAAUGGAUCAGGACCGGAUCAAACGAGAGACGCAAGAACCAUGUGGCCGAGACAACUCCGGCCCAAAUGGCUACUGCAAAACCUCCUGCCUCCAGCUCUUUUGACAUUCUUUGCGAGGACGUGGUAUCUCUGUCUUACUGAUAUUGGACCCAAAUACAUUGGCGGAACGCUCGGGCGUCCGCAUCUAGGCAGACUGUAUUCCGCAUUCGCGACUGUAUCCAUAUCCACCAUCACAGUGCUGUACUUGCGACUCUACUUUCUGCCUUCAAAUCAAUCGGUCCCGCCCAGAAAACCAACGGACCAUAUUCCGCAUGUGAAGACGUACGAGUAUCCGCUGGGGAUCCCCAAGUCGAUAGUGUUCCAAAAUGAUGUGCCCCUAACCCGGUGCGACAGACCGAGCUGUUCAUCUCGCUGGAAACCUCCUAGGACGAGGCAUUGUUCAGAUUGUGGAACAUGUCGCAUGGGAUUCGAUCACCAUUGUGCUUUUUUUGCCAAUUGCCUUACUGCACCCUAUAUCCCUAUAUUCCUCUUGACUUUGCUGUACACCCCACCGACGGUCAUCAUCUUACUCGUCCCCAUCAUCCGACCCCUCUGUGAGAGAGCAGCCGAGGCGUACAAUUUAUCAAGGUCAAGCCCGGAGAUCAUUUCCGGAUGGUACCAUUGGACAGGGUCCUGGUUCGUCGCUGGUGGUCCAAUAGGACGCUACGUAGGCGGUGUGGUCCUCGGUUGGAAAGCGCUCGAUAGAGUUGACGGUGAAGAAGCUUUGCGUAUGGAGAUAGGCGCUCUGGCCGCGGCUGGACUAUUGUUGGCCAUGAUGACUGCUGGCUUGGCAGCAUCUAGCAUCGAGAGUAUCCUUAGAGGCGAUCUCACUGUCGACAGAGAGCGCGCGAAAUCUUUCAGGCGGAUCGAAGCCGAAGUGCAUCGCUUGGCAAGGGCUGGCAAGCCCGUCCCUGAUAAAAUGCAAGAGAGCCUGAAAAAAUUGACGGCUCAAUCAUUCUUCUGGGUCCCAGUGGAAUUCGAAGACGGGAUCGAGUUCUUCGCCCAACGGAAUGGGCAUAACGGCGACUCGCUUCGGCGCGGGGUCAUUGUUCCCACUUUGCCCUGGGAGAAACCGUAUGACCUUGGGCGCGCGCGGAACUGGAAUCUUUACAUGGGUCAAGGGUACGGCUGGACAUUACCUUGGAACGCGUGGCAUAGGAUUUCUUACCUAAAGAACGUGAUCCUUGACUGGCCCUUAUCUCCGGAAGUAGAGCAUAGAUUACGGGAUGAAGCGGAACGAAUCAUCAAGUCUUCAGUGCAGUCAUAGAUGCAUGCAGGGUUACAGU